AUGAUACUGAAACUACCAAAUAAUAUCCAAACUAAACGACUGCCCGUUUUACUUGUAUCUCUACUCUUCAUUUCUGCUCUAUACUUGGUUUUGUGUCGAGAAAACGGAGAAAAAUCAGGUUCAUCAUCUGGGAUACUCAAACAAAAUUGGGAUAGCUUUAGCUCUGUGGUUAAGUUAGACCCCACAAUUGAGUUCAGAAAUGGAACAGAUAUAAUAUGGCAAAUCCCUGAUUCGCCUAAGGCAAUUCUUUUUGUUGCACAUGGUUGUGAUGGUAAAGCAGCUAACUUUUGGGACAAAUCAACUAAGUGCCCGAAUUGUGUUGGUCUACCCGAAGAGAGACUUAUUACACUUAAUGCUUUAGCUAGGAAAUUUGCAGUUAUCGCGGUAUCAAGUGCUGAGCCAUGCUGGUCUCUCAAAGAGGAAAGACUUAUAGUUAAAGAUAUUAUUGAGUGGUGGAUCGCAAAACAAAAGCUUCACAAUUUGCCUCUUGUUGCUUUGGGUGCUUCGCCUGGUGGAUAUUUUGUUUCGAUUCUUGCAACUGAUUUGAAGUUUAGUAGCAUCACGGUUAUGAUUAUCGAAGGAUUGUAUGAUCAAAUGGAGAUUCCGGAGAGUUACCCGCCCAAAGAUAAAAGCAGGAUGCAGAAGCUAGAACGAUUUAUGAUACUCCUAAAGGGGAAAGGUGUUGAUGUUGCGGAGAUCAAAUGUUUAGAGUUUCCUUUGUUUCCUAAUUUCUUUCCUGAUGGGAUUCCGCAUAUUGAUGUUGCUACCUCGGCGAAGUUGUUUAGUCUAUUCCGAGAAAAAGGUUUCGUUGAUUAG